GUUGACAGUGACACGGCGCGUGGCGCUGCACAGACAGCCCGUUGCCACAACGAACAAAACAAAGCCAAAUACGUUCCUUACCCUCUCUCCAUCGUCACCCACGGCCGCCAGCCCUCUUUCCGCAGCGCGCCCGCCGUCCUUGCUCACGACCACCAUGCUCGCCCUUGUCUUCGGCCUUCUCCUCGCUGCGCUCCCCGUCCUCGCGCAGGACAUCGUAUACACUCCCAUACACAAUGCGACCGUCAUCUACGGCACCUGGGCCUCCGGUGCUAUGAACGUGCUUACAGGCUCGGGCUUCGCCAACCCUGCUAAAGGGAGCUUCAAUUACCCGAACACGACCGGAGUCUCGUUCUCAUUCACGGAGGACGGCUAUUUCGAGAUCGCGCGGUAUCGAUUCCAGAGCAACGGCACGCAGCCGAGCUGCAUCACAGGCGUAAUCGACUGGUCGCACGGGACGUAUGUAUUGCAGCCCAACGGCUCGAUCACGACAGCGCCUCUCGGCGACGGCUUCAUGCAGGUGCAAGACGCCUGCGCGGCCGUGUCCAACGUCAUCAUGGACUACAACCAAACCGAGCUUUUCAAGUCCUGGAACAUCUUCCUCGAUGCCACCCUUGGAUACCAGCUCAUUCUCUAUCAAUACGACGGCACCCCGCUGCCGCAGCAGAACCUCUACUCGACCACACCGAACAUGCUGCCCACUGUGAAUCUCCGCAACUCCUCCUCCGCAUCGACGACGGCAACGACUGCCGCCAGCAAGCGCGAGCUCGUCAAGCGGAACGCAGCACCAAGGACGCACGGCUGGGAUCUGCGGAGCGUGGUCGGCCUCAGCGCGGCGAUGCUCAUCGCGGGUGUGUCGUCAGUGCUGCUAUGAUGGUGAUGGUGGUGGACAGGUGUAUAGCUUCUCCCUCUUCGCUUCCUCUUUACUCUACGUCUCGCUUUCCCCCUGUCUUGUCAUGCUAGCUACAGUCGCAUAUUCUCACGACCGGCUGUUGGACCGUUUGCAUUAGCUAUUACUACUACCACCAUUUCAUAAGCGGCUUGUGUACCUCGACCAGAUUAUACCCGUCGACUGCCUUCCGCGUCCGCUCGUUUGCCCUAGACAUACACGGAUGAUGGUCACUGUACGAAUGCAAGCCGCCCG